AUGUGUAUUCAGGUUCCCUGCGUGGUGCGUUUUCAUAUACGAUUCUUUCAAUUUUUCGGUUGCUUUGACGUUUCCUUGCACCCUCAGCCAAAUCAGCAAAAGCGUGCUGAACAUCGUCUCUCUACUUGGACCUAUCUACUUUUGUUGGUAUUUUCCUUGACAACUGUGAACACAUUCUUCAGGCCGGGUGCAUUUCUCUUCAUCUGGGAAGGUUUUGGUUACUUCAUUGAUGCCUUCAAGGUAUUCAUGGCACAAAUCACCAUCACCAUCAUUUAUAUAGAGACGGUAUUUUGUCGGUGCGCGCUUCGGAAAUUUUGGCAUAGAUAUACGAUGCUAAAUCAAGGCCCCAAUGGAAGAGGUCAAACGACAGAAGGCGAUUGGCUUACACAAUUGUGUGUACAUCGUGGAUUUCUGAGCAUUUUCUAUGGCAUUACUGUAUUCGAUUUGAUUAUACAGAUUGCUUACAUAAUAAUGCCACCGAAAGAUGAUCAUCUACUGCAAUUCUGGGUUAUGUUCACACCAUUCAUGUAUUUGAUACAUGUGCGAAAUAUGCAAAUCAUAUUUCAUAUUGGAAUUAUACGACACGAACUUGAGAAACUGCGCAAUGACAUGGGCCUGAUAGCAGAGUAUACCAGUUUUGCACAAAGCGUAGCGCCUGCCGUGGGCUUCGAAGAUUUUGUUCGUCGAAAGUUGGCAGAAAAGCAGUUGGUGUUUCAGCGCAUCUACGAGAUGUUUUACUACUUUAAGCACGCGUUCGGUAUAUCAACCAUUGCAGUUCUGCUAAUGACCUACGUUCAAUUGGUCGUCGAUUCAUAUUUCGUAUUGCACAAUCAAAAUAGAAGCUGGAACCAUAAGGGUACUUAA